UGAGCAAUGCAUUCUUUGUAUUUUGCAGGGAGGUGAGCCAGAUAUCUCCACAGUCUCCAAGAUGGUGUUGAAUGAUUGGCAGAGAGGACGUAUCCCCUUCUUUGUGAAACGCCCUGGACCUGAGGGAGAUCACGAGGAUGAUAAUACGCUGGCAGUUGGAACAACAGAGGUAGAGGAAAACAUGCAGGAGGAACAGCCAGACAAUCCAGACAACACCUCAGAGGAGCAGCAGCAGAAACAGAAGGAGCAGGUCCAGAAGAUUCUGGCCAAUGUCCGACAAAACUUUGGCAAAAUCAAUGUGGCACCUGAGUUCUGCGAAGAAGACUUAGUCCCCGUGGAAAUGCCUGACCUGGACAUGUCAGACUUUUCUGGUUCAGAAGGAGAGGAAGACGGUGAAGAGGACGAGGGUGAAGAGGAGGAUGGGACCAGUGCUGAGCCAGCCAAUGAGGAGAGUGAGGUCACUGAGCCACAACUUCUGAGACUGACAGGACAAAUUGCAAGAAGAGUUCACGGGCAGUCAUACGUGAGCUGGACGAGAAGAUCUCUAAGUAUAAGCAGUUCCUGGACAAAGCCAAGUCCAAGCGCUUCUCUGCAAUCCGGAUACCAAAGGCACUUUCUGAAAAAGUGUUCACCGACAUCAAGACUAAACAAGCAGCAGCAGCAGUAGCUCAGGAAGCACAGAAGAAAGGUAGUUGAUCAGCAGGGUUGUCAUGACUUUGUAUGGUGCUGAAUGUAGAAAUGAUUGGGGAAAGUGUGUAUAGAUGUGGUUAAGGUCCAAAGAAACAUUCAUCAGAACAAAGUGACAGCAUAAUUUCUUCAAUGAUAUUUACAGGUACCAUACCUCAUAU